UCACCAAAGACAUUCAAGCAACCAUACUCUUGAGUGGCAUUUACGUGUUUCUUUUUUAAAAAAAAUGACCAUAUUUUCGUGGGUGUUUUUUGCAUUAUUAAUCGAGUGUUAUGUGAAACAAUGUGCAGGAAUGUCCACAGGUUUGCAGUAUGUAGUUGUAAUUGAUGCCGGUUCAACGGGUAGCAGAGCGAUUACUUACAAAUUUAAUGUGGAUCAUCUCAACAGACAAUUGCAAUUGAAUAACAGAGAAUCAGUGAAACAAAUGACACCAGGUCUACAUGAAUUUUGGAAUAAUCCAAUAGAGGGAGGAAAUCAAAUACAAAAACUACUAGAACAUGUGAAAGAAGAUAUACCAAAAGAAAACUUGGCAAGUACACAAUUAAUACUGCGUGCAACCGGUGGCAUGAGAAAACUGAAAAACCCCAAUCAAGCUGAAAAUAUUUUGAAAGAAGUUCGUAAGGUAUUUUCAACAUCUGGCUUUUACAUCAAUGGAAAUUCGGCCGAAAUCUUGGAUGCUGUCGAUGAAGGAAUUUUUUCAUGGUUUACCAUUAACUUCUUAUUAGGUCUUUUGGGUAGUAAAAAAACGGUGGCCGCUUUGGAUAUGGGUGGCGCCAGUACGCAAGUGUCUUUCGCGAUAGAAGAUAAGCUCAAGAGCAAAGUAUCAUCAGUAUACGACCAUGUAUAUUCUGUAGUAACACCAAAUUAUGAAAGCGAUGUGUUUUCCCUCUCUUCCGAAUUGGGAUUGGAUGUUCUUCUAUAUAAAGUGCUCAAAUAUGGUACGCCCAAUGGGACAAGACAUUUCAAUAGCGUUUGUAUGCGUCACAGUGUGAAAUUAAGACGAUUCUAUUUAAAUACUAUGUUAUUUACCGUAAGUGGUGCGCCCAAUCGAAACUUAACAAUUGAUUUCGAUGCAUGUAUGGAUGGUGUCAAAAAAGUAACAUUGAAUACGAUUAAUCCAAAACUUCACAUAGAGAACCAGCGAAUUUUUGCCUUCUCUGGUUUCGCCUAUAAAAUUCUGAGCAUCGGUUUAAUUGAUAGUGAAAAAGGCGGCAGACUAACCCUAAACGACAUAUUAUCUAAUACAAAAAUCGUAUGCAACACGAAAACGAAGGAUCCAUUCUUAUGCUUACAUUUAACGUACAUUUAUGUUCUUCUACAUCAUGCAUAUGGAUUGAAUUUGAGUACAAAUAUUGAAUUUCGUCAAAAUGUGAAUGGUCAUGUGGUUUCUUGGACUCUAGGUUGCGCCAUCGAUUUAUUAUUUGGCAUUUCAAAGACAAAAAAAUACACAUCAAAAUAAUGGAAAAUUAAAUCUUUUGUAAAAACUAUACA